AGUGUACACUGUCUCCAUGGCAACGCUCCUGCAGCAGCAACCGCAAAGGAGCCAGAAAGAGGAGGAAGGAGGAGGCUGAGAUAACUGAGGGCUGGGGGGCUCUGCCCUGAACAAAGCACCAUGCCUGAUGAGUGUACCCCAACGGAAGCUCCGAAGAAGAAGCCCAGGUUCAGGAGCAUUCAUGAUGCAGUCAGAGCUGGGAACGUAGAACAACUUCAGGAGAUGGUGAAAUGUGGAACAAGCAUUAAUGAAGUGGAUCCGGUCUACAAUUUUACACCCUUGCAUUGGGCGGCCCAUUCUGGGAGCCUGGAGUGCUUUCAGUGGCUGCUCUGGAAUGGAGCUGAUAAGACGGCGGUGACAGGCAGAGGCUGGACAGCGGCUCACCUUGCUGCCAUCAAAGGUCAGGAUGCCUGUAUGCAGUCCCUUCUUCUUCAUGGAGUAGAUCUUGGAACUCAAGAUGACCGAGGCUGCACUCCCGCCCAUCUGGCAGCGACCCACGGGCAGUCAUACACUUUGCAAACGAUUCUGCGGAGCGGAGUAGACGUCAACGUUUCUGACAGGCACGAUUGGAAGCCAAUUCACAAGGCUGCUUUUCACGGCCGGCUGGGCUGCGUCCAGCUUCUUCUUAGAUGGGGAGCUACUUUAGAUGAUGUGGACAACAAUGGAAAUCUUCCAGUUCACCUGGCGGCAGUGGAGGGUCACUUGCAUUGCUUCAAGUUCCUGGUGAGCAACAUGCCCACACUCCUCCAUGCCUUGAAAGCCAAAAACGACCAUGGGGACACCCCAGGAGACCUGGCAGAGAGGUUCUACAAGGACAGCGUGGUCAACUACAUUGAUGAUCUGGAGAAACAGAAAGGCGAAUUGCAAAAGGGGGACUAUUUAGCAUUUCCAGGCCACGAUGCUGCUUUCAGAGGGGACGUGGACACAUUAAGAACAUUGCUGGAAAACCGUAUCAUCACUGUUAAUGAAAGGGACGAUCAGGGAUCCACACUCUUGCACAAAGCUGCUGGACAAGGUCAUUUGCAUGUCCUGGAGUGGCUGAUCAACAGGGAAGCAGACUGCAACAUUCCCAACGACGCCGGAGAAACACCCAAAGACGUUGCCAAGAGGUUUGCCCAGCUGGCCACUGUGGAGUACCUAAGGCAAAAGAUGGGGAACGACUCUGAUGAGGAGAUUGAUGUCGAAGACCCACGGUUCUUUGAAAGUCAUGGCGUGGAAGGGAGCACCGACAGCAAGAGCGACGUGUAUAGCAAGAAACAGGACCGAGCAGAUAGUCGCGAAAGAGCCUAUCAGAAAAUGGAAGAGCUGAAGAAUCUCCUGGAAAUCGCCACCAGCGAUUACAAACAGCUGGGAGGGAUCACCCCCGAGGAGAGGCAGAUCAAGAUUAAAGAGAGGCAGCUUCUCAGGACCAUUGGUGAUCUGCAGGAGCAGCUGGAGUACGAGCGGCUACGACGGGAGAAGCUGGAGGCAGAGCUGGAUCAGUGCCGGGAAGAGAUUGGGAAACUCACAGAGCAGCAGGAGAAAACCCAGAUCCCCACACCCGCUAUCACAGCAGGGGAUGGUGAUCUGAGCAAAGCGCCCUCCGAUUAUGAUAAAGCAGUCCCCGACACCAGUACAGCAGCCCCUGAAGUCGCAAAGGAGAAAAAGAAAUUGAAGAAAAAGCCCUUCUGCAGCUCCAGCGGAGUGUUUGUGAGACUGUACUAACAGGAGAGCAAAGGGUCUUCCUGGCCUCUUGCUGGAAUGAGAGGGGAAAGAGUUUGGCUGAAAAAUGCAGGUUC